AUGUCUGCUGCAACUCGAACAGCAUCCGCCUCGGCCCAGGUCGACUGGUCCAAGAUCUACACCGGUCUCGGCCUCGGCAAGCAAACCAUCACCUCCCUGCAGGAAUUCCGCGCGCGCCACACCACCGCCCUCAACCGCAACUCCGCCCUCAAAGCCACCACCCCCGAGAUUGACCUGUCGCACUACAAGGGUCUGCUCAAGGACCAGUCGGCGGUGCAGAAUGCCGAAAAGGUGCUCCGGGAGUUCAAGGCGGUCGAUUACGACGUGACCAAGUUCAACUCGGCGGUGGAUGCGUUCAAGGGCAAGGCGGUCGAGGCGGCCAAGGCGACGCUGAAGAAGAUUGAGACGGAGGAGGGGAGCUUGAAGGAUACGUUGGCCAACAUCCAGGAGGCACGGCCGUUUGAGGAUCUCACUGUCACCGAGGUUGCCAAGGCCCGUCCCGAGAUCAGCAAGGCGGUUGAGACUAUGAUCCAGAAGGGGAAGUGGACUGUUCCGGGCUACAGGGAGAAGUUCGGAGAGUUCUCGCUCAUGUAG